AUGGGAUUCAAGUUUAACUACUUGUUGAUUCUCCUCUUUUCUCUUGUCACUCUAUCACAAUUUCAGUUCUCUCAGGCUUCCACAUUUGUGGUUGAUGGUGUUUCACAAUGGAAAAAUCCUCAGGCUCACAUAGGUGACACUGUCAUUUUCCAGCACAAGUAUCAUCACUACAGCCUCCACAUUUUCAAGAACAAGAUUGCAUUUUCUGUCUGCAACUUCACUCAAGCUACAAUCUUGACAAAGCCCAAUUCCACAGUUUACACAUGGCACAUUUCACGGCCUGGCUUCUUCUACUUCUCCUUCAACAACGGCUCCAGCGACGCCUGCCUGCAAGGAAAUAAGCUCGCCGUCGAGGUCUACCCCGCCCCGCCGCCGGAAUCGGCGCCGCCUCCCACCUCCGGAGGCACCGUAGCGUCGUCGCCGGCGUUCCCCUGGCCGUCUCAGCCUCGGGAGGGCGUGUCGCCGGGACCCGCGCCGGGUUUGUCGAUGGCAGCGGGUGGGCCCUCGUCGCCGGAGAAAGAAGGCGUGCCUUUCAUCAACAGCAGCCCGGCUGUGCCUCUGCCGACCGGCGAAGUUGACUCCGCCACGUUUCGUCCGCCGUCAACGUCAGGCAACUGGCACUCUGAUCAGGUGAAAGGGUUUUGUGGAGUUCAGAUAGGGUUGAGCUGUGUGAUGUUGCUACUAAUGAUGAUUUAG